AUGGCGUAUUGUUCUGAUUUUGAAUCAAAGAAUACUGUAAGGGAUGCUUGUUCGGGGGAUGGAUGCUGUCAAUCAGCCAUACCCCGAGACAUUAAAUACUAUCGUACUCGGGCCGUAUGGAAUGCAAAUGACGGGGACCCUUCGGGACUUAUACGUGAUUGUACAUACGCAUUUGUCGGUGAGCAGGACACGUUCAGAUAUAAUCGUUCAAUGAAUUAUUCAUCUGAUCCUACCUUCAUUAAAAGGGUUGAAGAUAAUAUCCCCGUUGUGCUGGAUUGGGCUAUUAGUAAUCUGAGUUGCGCUGAAGCCAGCGCAACAACGGGUUACGCUUGCCAAUCAAAUAGCAUAUGUGUUGACGCCUUUAGCGGUGGGUAUCGCUGCCAAUGUAAAGAAGGCGGCUACGAAGGAAACCCUUAUCUAUCUCCUGGCUGCCGAGGUAUGGGACUUGCGUUACCCACAAUAGUGAUUGUACUUUUGAUAUUGUGCUUCAUCGCUCUGAAAAGAAGACUAAAAGAAAAGUAUUAUCAGGAAAAUGGGGGCGCAAUAUUAAAAGAUAUACUAAAAUCGAAGGGUGGUGUUAGUGUGAACAAUUUUCGUGUUGAAGAGCUAAAAGAAGCGACUAAUAACUUUUCCAAAGUUAUUGGCAAAGGAGGCCACGGUACGGUUUACAUGGGAACUCUAAAAGAGACGGGUCAACCCGUAGCUAUCAAGGAAUCCAAAAUAGUAGAUGAGAAAGAACGGGAGGAUUUUUUAAAUGAAAUGGUGAUUCUCACACAGAUUAAUCACACAAACGUGGUGCAACUAAUAGGAUUUUGUUUGGAAACUAAGGUGCCGUUGCUAGUUUAUGAAUUUAUCCCAAAUGAAAAUCUUUAUCACCACAUUCAUAAUACAAACACAGAGAGAUUAUCUUUGGAUGCUCGUUUGAAAAUAGCAUAUGAAUCCGCUGGUGCACUUGCCUAUCUUCACACAGAUGCUAGAUUGCCCAUCAUACAUAGAGAUGUUAAGUCCGCAAACAUCUUGUUGGAUGAAAGUUUCACCGCAAAAGUUGCAGAUUUUGGUGCUUCAAGGCUAGUUCCCUUAGGUCAUGCUGGGAUCAAUAAUAAACUUAUUGAAGGAACGCUAGGAUACUUAGAUCCUGAAUAUUUUCGUACCGCCAUAUUUACAGAUAAAAGUGAUGUUUACAGCUUCGGUGUAGUUCUUGCAGAACUCUUAACAGGGCAACAACCCAUCAAUUUAAAAAGACGUCCCGGGGAGCAAAAUCUAGCAAUAAAUUUUUUGAAGGCAGUAAAGAAUGACAACUUUGUUGGUAUUCUUGAAGAAGGUAUGGUAACGGAGGCGACUCUUGAGCAACUUAAAACAAUAUGCGACUUGGUAUGCAAGUGUCUUAAUCCAGUGAGUGAGGACAGACCUAGCAUGAAAGAAGUGAUGAUGGAGCUUGACAAUUUGAGAAAGUGGGUGAAACAGACUAAUGGGUUCAGUGGUCAAAACUACAUUGAAACGAGCAGUGAUAAGGUUGAAAUAAUGGAACCAACUUUUCAUUCCAUAAUCUUAUCAAAAUAG